AACACAGUUCUAAUAAUUUGUGCUUCCUUUUUCAAAUUAAAUAUGAAUCACUUGGUUCAAAACGAGAAACAGAGGUUGCAACUCCAUAACAGAUGUAAGUUGGUGGGAGCCCUUAUGGCAGGGUUUCAUACUGGAAAAAAUAUUAAUUCAAGCAAAGAGUAGAUUCAGAGAGGUUGGGKGUUGUGACAUGCAGACAAGAAAAUAGAUUGUGUGCCGUUUUGUGAGGAAUAUACUUUGUUGCUUGCAUGAAGCAAGCUCAACGUGUACUUUGACCAUAAAAAUUGGGCUGCGUUGGGGCAUGUAAUUGGGUUGCAAUAGGGGGUUUGCUACAGGUUGCAAUUGCUUUUUUCAACAUAUUGUAUAGGUUGGUUUUGAUCUGGAUUAGUUUUAACAAGAUGCCAAUUAACUCUCAACCAUGGUGGGAUCCAAUCAAAUCUAAUGAAGUACCAUACUAGUGUACUAUCAAUGGGAAUAYAGAUUGAUACAAACUACUCAUGUACUUGGGUGACAACAAAUGGUUAUGACAAUUCAAUUGAACCAAUUAACUCAAAGAAUUGAUUGAACUGCCUAGUACUGCUGGAUGAAUAGAAUUACUACUCUAGAUGAUGGGAUUUGCACCACUUAACARUCAACUCUAUACCAUAGGAUUCAGUUGGAAAAGAUGGUGUUGGCAUCUGGAGCCAUUCUGAUCAUGUUUGCCUAUCCAAAGUUUCCAAUUGUCCUCUUUGUGUGCGCCUCUCUUGUUUCUUUGAAGCAACUGAAGUCAAUUUCCCUGAUGAGUCAAAAGUGUUGAAGAUCUGGUUGGUAUGGACUGURCUGCUGCACUGGUAGUAGUUAUAAAAAAGCAAGAGGAUGUUCAGUAUGAUCUUCCUCUCUCCAAAUUCCUCYRAUGUGAYGAGCUUAUCUUUCAUUUGAGGGAAUUGCCAUUGGUAGAUCAUACAAAAUCCAUAUUCCAAUAAAUUCCAAAUAGCAGUUGYUUGUCUAAUGACUACUAUGGCCUGAGUGUUCUCUUCCAUAGUACAGUAUAAAAUGUAUCAGGGUUAUUCUGCUGCUGGCUACAAAUGAGGUAUUGGGCUCCUCCUCCCUUCACCUUAGGAAAUGCAGAGCUACUAAUGACUAGUACUACUACUCUGGCCCCAGAUCUAUCAUAUAUGUUAUCCAUCUUCUCAUAUUGGCAAGAAUCUGCAAUGGGACUGAUGUGCUAAGUUCCAGUGCAGUUGUUUGUGUUCAUCCAAAGAAGCAUAUUUCUGCCACUCAUGGUUGUACUACUACUAGUAGUAGAACUAGUACUACUAGUACUAGUACUGAUUUUGAAUGACCCAGUUCUUUCCUGUUGGCUGCUGCAGCUUACUAACUUUUAGUCCAUCAACUGUGACCCAAACCUGUUUUGCUCCAAGUACCUGGGCCCUCCUUUAGUUUUGAGGAAGACAGUUGCCAACCAAGAUCAGGGUUUCCCAUAGGUUCUAUUUUCCAUGUUUAAACAAAGAGAGAAUGAUUGCCCACCAGGCAAUGAUAUUCUCUGUGUUUCUCUUUGUAAAAAUCAGCAAAUUGGUCAAAGAGAAACAAGGAGAAGCAAUAUUCUCUUUGUUUCUCUUUGUAUGAACUGCAAUUGUCCCCAGCAUUUCUCACCAUGUAGUAGAAAUACAGAGAAUAGCUAGUAGUGCCMACCAGAUUACUAGUACUAGUAGUAGUAUAUUCACUCUGCUGCUUGAAAUAACAACAAAGAGAAACAAUGAGAACAUUGCCCAGGCAAUCUGCUCUGUGUUUUUCCUUGUUUAAAAUACUAGUACUAGUACUAGUAGUAGUACCAUUAGCAGUAAGAUAUUUGAGUGUUGGGCAUUCUUGAUUCAUCCUGUUACAAUAGUACUACUAGUACUAAUAGUCUAGGAGUGACUGCUGUCUAAGAGAACAUUGGUUGAUUCGAUCAAUUUUUUGUACUGGAGUACAUCGGUGGGGAUUUUGCUUUCUCUUCACUCUGUUCAAUUUGUUCAAUAUCUGGAACACAACGCAACCCAGAUUCACAACAAACACAUCCAUCCACCAUCCACUCCAUUGUCCCCUAGCCAGACGCAUCUUGCGCGACCUUUGCUCCACAAUAACGAUGGCGAAUUCCCGCGAGACGGCUCCCGGGCGCCACGGAUACCACCGGGUGGUGGUCGAAACCGUCAGCAGCAGCAGCGACGACGAACACGAACACGAACACGAACACGAACACGAACACGAACACGAACGCAACAACGACAACGACAACGGCAACGACCGCGGCGACGGCCCCGUCGUCCACAUGUUCCCGGGGGUCUGGAGGGAACGAACCAGCGGCAGCGGCAGGGACAGGGGCAGCGAAGCAAACGGCCAGCGCAACCGCGGAAGGGGGGGACCGACACCGGGUGCCGGUGCAGGCGCUGGAGGCGCAAGCGCAAGCGAUCGAAGCAGCGGCCGGGCCUGUUGCGUGGUGUCCUGACGCGACGCGACGCGACCGAGCCCUUUUGCUGUUGAAUCCCCUUUUCCCCGUUCUCUUUUCCCCCGCGAGACAACAACCACACCACGCGCGCUUUCUUCCAUCCCCUCCCGCCCUUUUCACCGGUGGCGUUGCGUUGCGUGGCGCGUUUGGAACCGAACCGAAUCCAAUCCAAUCCAAUCCAAUCCAAUCCAAUCCAAUCCAAUCCAAUCGAACCGGUUUCUCUCAAACGCACGGCCCCCAAGACGAUGCCGUGCGAUCGAUCCGACCUUCUGUCUUUGCGGCACAAGGCACACACACCAAAGCCUUGCUGGGACACCCACGGAACAUUGGACGGACGGAGCAGAUACCAAGUACCCGAGUACUACUAAUGCUAUACAGGGGUACRAUGCUACCGUGAAACAACACACAUCUUUUGUAGUAUACUUUCAUUCAAA